AUGGGGGCGGUGACGUCAUCAGUGGCUGCAAAGUUUGCGUUUUUCCCGCCAAACCCGCCGUCGUACGGUGUUGAAGUAGCAGAAGAAGAGACGGGGAAGCUGAGGCUGACGGGCGUAGAGAACGUGAAGGAGAACGUGGAAGUGUUGAAGCUCAAGACUAAGAGAGGGAAUCAGGUGGUUGCGGCGUAUGUUAAGAACCGUAAAGCCUCACUCACGCUUCUGUAUUCACACGGCAACGCUGCUGAUCUUGGUCAGAUGAUUGAGCUCUUCUCCGAGCUUAGUCUUCAUCUUCGUGUUAACUUAAUUGGGUAUGACUAUUCAGGUUACGGGAGGUCUUCAGGGAAGCCUAGUGAGCAGAACACAUACUACGAUAUAGAAGCAGUGUAUAGAUGUUUGGAAGAGCAGUAUGGUGUAAAGGAACAAGAUGUUAUCUUAUAUGGACAAUCAGUAGGAAGUGGACCGACUUUAGAAUUUGCUUCUCGUUUACCAAACCUCAGAGCUGUUGUUCUCCACAGUGCUAUUGCUUCUGGUCUUAGAGUCAUGUACCCUGUAAAGCGAACUUACUGGUUUGAUAUUUACAAGAACAUUGAUAAGAUAUCUCUUGUCAAAUGUCCGGUUCUGGUGAUCCACGGAACUUCAGAUGAUGUUGUGAGUUGGUCUCAUGGGAAGCAACUAUUCGAUCUUUGUAAAGAAAAAUAUGAACCGCUUUGGAUCACAGGAGGAAACCACUGUGAUUUAGAACUAUACCCUCAGUAUAUAAAGCAUCUAAAGAAGUUUGUAUCUGCAGUUGAGAAGUCUCCUCGUCUUCCAAGCGGAACUGUGCCACAGACAGAGAAUGCGAGGAGCAGUACAGAUGUUAGAGAGCCUGCAAGGCCAAGCACAGACCAAAGAGAGAAGUCAAAAACGAGCAUUGAUCAGAGAGAGAUGCCUAAGCUGAGUACAGAGAGUAAGGAUAAAGCGAGUGCGAGUUUUGAUAAGAGAGAAAGAACGAGAAAAAGUGUUGACGGGGCUGAGAAACCGAGUAACGCUACCGAACAGCAAAUACAACCAGAGAAAGGGAGGAAAAGUAUUGACAGGUUUGGGGGAAUGAUAAGAUCAGUAGGAUUGUGCAACAUAGAUUGUUUCAAGCCUACAGCAACAGCUAAGUGA